CGUUUGAGACUAGGUGCACGUCCCGUCCCACCUGUUGCCACAGCUUGCCACUGACAAGAGAUCACAAACUGGAUUUACUCCAGCAAAAAAAGAUAUACAGCUGCAAGUUGAAAGCAGAGAAAGUGAAGAUUCAUACAUGAAGUGGGCACCCAUCCAAGAGGCAAGGGCCCAGCUCGCCGAGUACGGCGACGAUCACGACGAUCCACCCUGGGGAUCGGCAGAAGACGUUGUUCCGUAUGAACCGAUGCCACUGGCGUCCGAACUUGAUCUUUCCGCCUUUGAAACUGCCAAGAGAGCAGAACGGCCGAAAAAGCGACGAAAGGACAAGUCAAACAGACCCAAGGCGAGAGCGAAGAGUAGCUUUUGGCCAACACGCGAGAGAACCCUGAUGAACGUGAUAUAUGCACCUCAACCCCGUCUGUAUCGUUCCAAGUCCUAUGCGAGCUUUCUCGAUGGUGCUUCAAAUGCAGCGAGAGCAAUGAAGCGAAGCACAUUUUCAGACGAUAGCAGUGUGGGAAUUUCCCGUGAUGAUGGCAAAAGUCUGACCGCGAGGGGAAACGAUCUGGCUUUGGCUUGCAUGAUGGAUUUCCUGCCGUCUCGAGUUAUCCUUUCGGGUAUCGGCCCAACCAUUCGAGCGUCGAUGCUCCUUGAGUCUACCGAGAGUCAAAUGGCGGUGCUUGUUCUUUGGAAGUGUGAUGACACGCACGCAGUGAGGGUAGUGCCCUUCCUCACGGACGAGGGCCGCGACAGGGCUGUGGUCACGGAUACCGUCGCGGCCUUCGAGCGUCUCUUGAACAACAGAGUGAAAGAGGCAAUUCCGCAUUUCACCCAGGUGUCUCAGCACCCAUACGUUCGCUUCCUGUACACGUCGAACUUCCUCGGGGCUCAACUGCACGAUCUGACUAUGGCGCUCGAACAGUGUCUUGCAAACGCUCGGGGCUCAGGCACAGGCCUCGACGUGGGACCACGAAGCGCCGGAAUCAAGAUGUGGGCGACGACUACACGGGCACUGAAAACUCUGAACACCGAGCCGAGAAGCACUCUGACAUACUUUGACGUGUUUAAGAUGUGGCACGAGGGCAUGCUGGCAUCAGGCCGCGGCCGAACCCCAAAUGUUGAAGAGGAGAAAACCCAAUCCAAAGCUGAUAACCCCAAUUGCUGCCUCGUCUGCUUUGAUGAAAUCCUUCCGACGGAGAAAUGCAAUCCACUUGUGAGGCUCAGAAGUUGCCAGCAUGUUACUUGUCGAGACUGUUGGAUUCGAUACUUUGCAUCUGCGUGCCGAUCUGGAGAAGCCAGUGUCAAAUGCCCAGCCUUCAAGUGCAACAAUCGCAUCGUUGUAUUAGAUGCUGCACAUGUCAUGUUCGGUGAUCAGGCCGGGCCUAUCGAUGGACGACUUGCUCCCUGUUCCCAAAUGGAAGAGGAGGUUUUGCUUCUAAAAAAACUUGUGAAGAUUAGCUUGAAUCGUUUCAUUUUGCUCGACCGGAAAGGAAGGCAUUGUCCAUCUCCCGACUGCCAACGAUUCUUUACCCGCACCCCUUCUCCCAAAGGGACGUCCAAGGCAUCGACUUGUCAAACCAUCUGGCUUUGUUCUUGUGGACUGAGUCUGUGCGGCGAUUGCCCAAUCUCUGGAAAUUGCCGUGCAACUUCCCACCCAGGAAUUAGUUGUGAGUCGUUUGCCAAGGUGCAAAAGGAACUUGAUCGGGCACGCUUCGGUGCGAUUCUAGAAACCCUUAAGUGGGUUCUCCAGUUCACGAGGGCUUGCCCCAAGUGUAGCUUUCCAAUCCACCGAACCGGCGGCUGCAACCACGUCCGUUGCGGCCGGUGUCAGAAAUACUUUUGCUGGGAGUGUGGCGGGCCGGGAGAACGGUGCAACGCGUACAGGUGCGGGCAUCCGUCGCGUUAUUGGGUUGAUGCCAAUCCCAUGUAUAGGGAGGAUCACCACAAUAUGAAGGACUUGGUGGCUGCGGUCGGGCAUUGCCGAUCUUAUCGGUUGGCAGAAGGCCGCAUGACACAGAUACGGCAAUAUGGUGCCAACAAGAGUUUGGCAAUGCUGGAACUUGAGUGCCUGCAGGCUCAACUUUGGCUCCAUAGCGCAUCCAUAGCCUCGCUUCUAGAUUCGGAGACACGAAGUGGACCAUUGGAUCCCAUUGACACAAACAGAUCGGGCGAUGCCACCCAAGGAAACAACGCGGUCGGCAAGGCCAAGAAGCGCAAAGAGGUCCUUGGUGCGCUGGAGGCCCGCGUAAGGGUUGCGCUCCUUGCUCUACAGCAUCGGCGGUGCUCUCAAAAGAGAUCUGGUCUUAAUGCUUCAUUCCUAUUUGCGGACGCCAGAACCAAAAUCAGCACCACUAAGAUCCUCAGCAAAAGAAAGACACAGAGCGUUGCCGCCAUCGCAGCAAAGAGGAACAAUGCAGGCACCUCGACGAUUGCCUGCCUAAACGAUGAGUUCAGGAAGCACUCAGAGCAACAAGAUCUCGAACUCCUGAGUCAAAUGUCAGAGGAGGCUCUCCUGAAAAAUCUUCAAACGAUGCUCAAGAGAGGGAUUCAUGGUUUGGUUGAUGCAUCUCACCUGGCUGCAUAGAGAGGCCAUUCAACUUUGUGUGAAGAUGGUUUCAUUUGUGGUUGCCAGUAGCAACCACCACAACCAAACCCCUCAGAUAUUUCUCAGCUGGCCCUUCCAUCUAGACCCAUGUCUCAACAAACCAUACCAUUCUCUUCCACAUGCAUGUCUGUGUCAAGAAGGUCUGUUUGCUUCUUUACUGGUGGCUGGAUUAGCUAGCUGGUCUGUAUGCAGAAGCAACCAACCAAGCAGAUGACAAUGGGCUGUUACUAGGGACUGUUAUUGAGCUCCAAGCUGUGUGUCGAUCUGUCUUCCAUGUGUUGUGUACGACGUUGCACUCGGGCAUCAGUGGUCAUGUCAUUGAGAUCUCCACGAAUCAUAAUAGCAACACGCUUCAUAUCAGGUCUGGCUUUGGGGUCCUUAUCCCAAGCUUCAGGAAGAACCAAUCGAGCGAGGGGCGGCCACUUUUUGUCAAUGGUUGGCCUGUGGUUGUUGAUUACCACUUUGUCUAUAAACUGAUCUGGAGAGCAACCUUUGAACGCAUGUUGCAGAGAAAGGAGUUCCCUUGGCAAGAAAGUAGAAAGACUGCUGAGUUGCGUUGAUUGAUUGAUGACAAACAAUAAUGAUAGAGAGUAUGCACAUGUGCCUACCAUAAAAGAAUGCUAAAACUGUACACGUCGCAUUUUGUGUCGUAGGGUUUGCAUUGCGCCACCUCGGGAGACUGCGAGAUGGCCAACAGGGAGAUGUCGUUUAGCUUGAGUUUGGCAAUGAAACUUGCGGUCGUAGAAAACAUAAUCUAUGAACGAACCACUGCAAAAGGGUACAAAACAACGCGAUUAGGUCAUGCCAUGAAAGACUCUUCACACCCCGCUGAUGGUCCAUAGACUAACUUACUGUAUGGCAAUGAACCCGCCCGCCCUGUCAAUUUGUAGCCGUAGGCCCCGUCCUUGCACUUGAGACGAGGCUCCAAGUCCUUGCACAAACCAAAAUCAAACACCUUCACAUCGCCUAGAUUUUUCAGUGGGACAUCAAGUUUAGGGAAAAGUUAUACGCAAUCAACUAAAUGAAGGAACACAUUCUCGGAUCCGCUACUCACCUCGAACAUCAAAGCCAAUAUUCUGGGGUGGUGAGAGGAAGCAAGCAGCGAAGAAGAAAAACAUAGGUUGAGAGCGUUCAUCGAGACAGAAGCAAAACGAGAGAGGCGUCAGAAUCUAGGUGGGAAAAUUAGAGCGUACCUCGGGUUUGAUAUCUCUAACGUGGAUUGAAAUGCAAAAGACCACAAUUGGGCAUCAUUUAGUCGUCACGACCAAGAUGAUGAAUUGGGUUCAACUUGAGUGCACCACUUUGGUUUUUGAAUUACCUGUACACCAAUCGAUUCUCGUGCAGAUACAUGAAUGCCACAGCCAAAUCAUACGCCACAAUCAUUCGCUCUUUGAGCACCUGCAUGAAUACCUCAUGAUUUUUGCCAAAUCCGCAACAACAGCCACUGUUUUUGGAAAGGAGUUUCUUCCAAGCAUUUAUUCUCUGAUCCAACGUCCCAAAUAAUCUAUCCAUGACAAUGAAGAAAUCUUGAUUCAGAUAGCUUCCAGCAGCCACUCCUCGCAUCUUGACGAUAUUCGGAUGCCAGACGACGCUCAGGUACUUGGCCUCCACUGCUAGGUCGAUCAUUCCUCUGGCCUUCUCGACUUCAGAUAGAUUGUCGUGUAAUCGUUUGAGGGCAUAUCUGGUGACUCCUCUUCGCAAGCAUCGAUUGGCCAUGAGCUCUCGAGCACCACUGACUUCAUAAUGAGCGUCAUCUUCGUAUAAAUCUCCACCAGGGGUGUUGGAGAUUGCAACUUUUUUCGAAUCACCUUCUCCCUUUUUGCUUUCUUCUUCCUUUUCAGGUUCUUUUUCCAAAUCAAAGGCCGUAACUUCAUUGACAACUCCAAAUCCACCGGCACCCAGCGUUCGGCCAAGUUCAAUUUCUGUAUGACUGAACAUGGGCAUGGGACGAGGACGGUGGCCCCGUUCCUUGAUAAUGUAGGAAUCAUCGACCGCAGCCAAGAUCUUGUCGGCUCGGUUCAACAAGUCCUGAGCUCGUUGUCGAUCAUUCGUCAUUGUGGCUAAUAUUUCAGGUUUCUAAUAAAGUUGAAGAUUGUCAACAUACACAGCUGAGAAGGCGAUUCGAUGCGAAUUUGGAUUGGUAUCUCUUGCCGGGACAAUAAUGAGAGCAACCAACUGAUACUGUAACCAGGACGAGCUCCAAAAUCGACAAGGCUUGGGGAUACGAUCAAUGGCGACUGUAUGUAUGUGCACACCGAACUGGUACAGGAAGGGAAACGAUGGACAACUCCUUGCUGUUUGGUUACGAGAUGUGAGGAAACUCGUCUUGGCUUGGUGCUUUGCCGCUGUUCGCUGAUUGAUGGUAUUGGGGACACUCAAUUUCUCCUAGACAGGAUAUCACCGUCCCCUUGGCAUCAUAGAGUCCAAUGCUAGCUUCCUAGCGACAAUAAAACAAGGGGGAGACUGAAUGCUUGUUCUUUUCCUAUUAGUCUACCCAAGGGAUGGAUGCGGUGUUGUGCUGCUCUGUGCAUGGCUGGCUGUCUAAUCCAAAAGUUCGAGAAGCCAGGAGAUGGAAAAGGGGGUCUGAAAGGGGGGACCGAAAAUUCAAUUUUUGGGGGGCACAAUCCGAACUGUUGAACCGCCUCGUCAACCAGCCGCACGCAAAAGAGGACUCCACGAUCCCUAUCCCUUUGCAACCCUUCGGCGUGGAAAUUCUAACCAUCAUGGGCAUCAUGGGUUCUUCCAUGAAUCUUCAAACGAUGCUGAAGAGAGGGAUCAUUCAUCGUUUGGUUGAUGCAUCUCACCUGGCUGCAAGAGAGGCCAUUCAACGUUGUGUGAAGAUGGUUUAAUUUUGUGGUUGCCAGUAGCAACCACCACAACCAGACCCAUCAGAUAUUUCU